CUUGCCCGAUAGGGGGGCGGGUCCGUCAGUCGUUCUCCUUCCGGUGACUUCUUUUAAUUCGGGAUUCCCCGCCAGGCAAGAUGGCGGCGCCCGGAGGCGGCGAGAUGGUGUGGAACCGGUGGGACGUGCCUUGGCCUGCUUGUAAUUCGGCCGAAGUGGUCCCGGCUGAACAUGCUUCAGUGAGAUGCCUUUCAGCUGUUUUGAAGAGGUGUUGGACUGUUGACAGCAUGUUAAACAGCAAAAUGCUGGUUGCAGAACAGAGCCUUUUGCAUUCAAUCAUUUAUAAUUACCAUUAUCAGAUGAUUCAUCAAAAGGCAUAUGGGAGUCUUAAACAGGUAGAACAGUGCUUGAAACGUUUAAAUUUAAUGAAUCUUGAAAAGUCGAUUCAAAAAAUUGCUCAGAUGGAUCCCAUAAAACAGAAAUCUGAAAAUUCUGAGCAGUCCUUGGUGCCCAGCCAGCCUGUAAUAGAAGUUGUUCUGGUGAAGAUACUGGGUAGUUGCAAGCUUAUACUACGUUUACUUGAAUGUUGUUGUACGGCAUUUAGUUUAAUUGUUAAACAUCUGUGUUUGGAAGAGUAUGUAUUGUUCAAUACUUUGAUUCUGGGGUUGCUGAGUCGGUUAUGGAUUCUUUAUGAAGCAGUAUUAAAAAAGCUUAGUACGUUAUAUAAGGAUCUGUUUGAAUUGCUUCAAGAGGUAGCAAAAAUUCACCAAAGGCCAUAUAUUAAAGGAUUUGUCUUUCCUUCUGAAAUAAAUUAUUUUCUGGAAACCAGUUAUUUAGAUAUUAAGAAGAAAAUGCCUAAAGCAUUUAUAGAAAGGAAAACUGGCACUGGAUGGAUAAAUACAUUGUUUUCGGUACAAAAGACCAUAUCCCACCCUCUGAAUCUGAGUGUAGCAGUCCCUCCAGCAGUCAGGAAAAAAAAGAAGAAAAAGAGGAAAGGUACCCAAAAUACUUCUGAUAUUGGAAAACCAGUUUUGAUCAACAGAACUAAUCAAGGUUUUGCAGAGAAGUUGGAGUUUGACCUGAAGACAUUAUGCAAAUAUCCUAAUCCUGUAUCACAGAAGAAUUCUAAAUUUAGUAAUAUACUUCCUGAGUCAAAGAAAAUCACAUCUAUUUCUUCUAAAGCCCUGAGAUCUCGGCAUCUUCACUUUUUUGUGUCCAAGUUUAAAGAAGUACAAUCCUUUGAAGAACUGUCUCAAACACUGAAAACAACAGUCAUCUGGUGUAAAAACAAUAAAUUUAGAUCAGGGGCUUUCUUCUUAGGAAUGAAGCUUUUAAAAAGCAAGAGGCUGCAGCAUGUGGAAGCCCAAGGUUGCAGAUUGCAGCGGAAACUUAGAUGUGUUAAAGCCACUAUCUGUAAAUUCCUUACACUCCAAAGUUGCAGAGAGAGACCCGUGCAACUUCUUAGAGGAAAUCCCCAGCGAAGUAGUAGACUGUCACGGAAGCAGAGCUGUCUUUCACAGACUACUUCUGUACAUAGAGGGAGUCCUCUCUUCAAAGGAACUCAGUCUCCUUUCCUCAAUCAGUGCUUUCUAUUUCAGACUUUGGGCUCCAGUGGUACAAAGAUUUUUGAGGAAAGUAUUCAUAUUUCUGCCCCUGCAGUGUUGGAGAGUCAUCCUACCCAUAUACAGAAAGAAGCCACUGAACAGAAAGAUGACAUUGAUGAUAUUUUUAAAAUUAUAGGUCUCUAAGGCUACUUUAUGUUAAAUAAUCAAAAAAUAUGUUCGGUUCAAAUGUUAUUUCUAUUCCAUUAUAGCAAAUGCAGGCAACUGCCUUUAGGUUUUGAAGUUUCCUUGAGGUUGUUGAAAAGCAAGUUGUAAUUGUUGGUGGACUAACUUGAAUCAUCCCUCAAUUACUUAUUUUUAUAGCAAUGUUUUACUCUUUUAUAUCUGUAGGAGUGUUGCUACAGAUCAUAUGAAACUUAAAUUGGAACAGUGCCAAACAAAUGCUGCUAAGAAUAGUUGAAUAACAAUUUCCUUAAAUAAUUCUUUGAGGUGAAUGGACAGUGGAGGGGAAAAGCACCAAAGAGCUAAAAUGGAGUGCCUUCAGACCUUAUAGCAAAUACCUGGAACCAAAAGGUCACUUUGCAAUAUUGGAUGGUUGCAGGAACUAUCCAUUUUUAAAUAAUAAGAAUAUGGCUGUGAAUUAUACUUAGUAUUCUUUAAAGUGAUACGCUUUGAUGGCCAGUCCUAAGACGGGACAACUUAGAGGUGUCCCAGGUUAAUGUUUUAUCUCAGAAAGAAAAAAACUGUUAUUUUUUGAAGAAGGGGGAAAGCUUGCAUUUUUAAAAAAGUUAUGUAUGGCAUGGUUAUCCUUUCUAUGACAGCACAUAGAAUACAGUGAAACAGAGUUUGUUUAUGACUGUCUUCUUUUUUGUUUUAUUAUGCUUGUUUGCCUAGAGUUACUUGGACUAUUGAAGUGCCUGAUGAAUUGAAUACUGUAUACACUGAAUGUAGCCCCUCCGGCCCCAAUCCUUUGGCCUCUGCCUCCCAGCAAUUUACCUCCCUGCAGCGAACAGCCCGUUUCAGCUUCAGCACAGCCUGAUUAGCACAAGCAGUUGAUUGUUGGUUGGAUCGGCCUCCCGACCCUCAGCUGUUUCAGGCUGCAGGGAUUGCCGUUGUCUAUUGCCGCAUGGGCCUCCGCUGCUUGCUGCAACAAGGCAAAUUGCUGGGAGGCAGAGGCAGUUAUUGUGAGUGUUUUAUGAGUCUUAUUUUCUUUUUGUUGUAAAAUUUGUCUAGAAUCAACAAUUAGCUGGAAUUUAAAAAGCAUUUCACUAAGUUAAUUAAAAUGUUAUCUGAAGGAAAAUAAAAGAGAGGGGGAAAAAGCUUUACAUCUAACAUUGCGUGCUGAAUAAUUUACUGAUUCUGAUUACAAUACCAAUCUAUGCAAAGAAAAAAAACAGUUCCAAACUGGUAAAAUUUCAUAUUAUUUCCCAUAUCCAUGCAUCCAUGUGUAUCUUGUUUUUCUCCCCAAAAAAGGUAGGUGCGUCUUAUAGUCCAGAGCGUUUUAUACUCUGAAAAAUACAGUAAAUACCUGUAAUUUGUUAAUAACAAUUUUUUUCAUAUCUAUCUUGUUCUUCUUACAUACAUCCAGAAUGUAACCUCAAUUGGUAACAAAGAGCACAAAUACAUUUUUAUCAAUUUAGUA